AAUAAAACUGAAAAAAGAAAAAAAGAUAAAUAUCAACAAUCGAUUGAUAGUUUUGAUGAUUUUGCUAGUGAUAAAAGCAUUAGUGAAAAUAGUCAUAACAAAAAAAGAAAAAGAGAAAAGAAAUCAGUUGGUAAACCUGAGGAUCCCAUAAAUAAUAAGUAUAUUAAACUUGGACAGCCUAAUGAAAUGAAAUCUUAUUUAGUAUUAAGAUAUAAAAAUAUAUCAGAAAAUGUUAAAACCAAAUAUUUGUAUAUGUUAACAAAUUCUCAAUCUUCAAAAAAAACAAAAAUUGAAAUUGAAGCUAAAAAUCAACCAAAAAUUACAGAUAAAUUUCAAUCAAUUUAUAUUGAUCAAAGUCAAGAAAAACUUAUUAAUAAUGCUUUAACUCAUUUUUUUACUUGUU